AUGCUCAGUCAAGGCGUUCGCUGCUAUCACAUCCUUAGUGAAGAAAUGGACUUCUGCCUCACAUUUUGUGGCUGUCCCUGUCAUGCUAACCCGAGUUAUUGUGUAAACAUUGUAGUGGGACCUUCGUUCGCUUCAUUAGAGCUGGCAAAGUUGAACGAGGUGGAGCACAGCAAAGUCGUCAUAGAUCAAGAAGGAGUGAAGAGAGGAAACGCAAAAAGGCUGCUGGCAGCAAGGAAUGAACAAACGCGCCAACAAGACAACUUACAAUUGAAACAAAACAUAAAACCAUUCAAUAAUAAAAGAUUUUUCCAAUUGCCAAUGAAGUAUUGCGUGAAAUCGUUGUCUACUGGUCUCCGUAUGGUAAUCAAGAGGGUUUUACAUUAA